UUACAGGUCAUAUCAUAGCGACGAAAACAUGGCGAUAUAAACUGUCGAACCGCCGUUAUCGAAGUCGAAGAAAUCAUCCAACCAAGGCCAAAAUCUCAGCACCAAAAGAAUGACAGUGAACUGAAAGAACAAAGAUCAAGAAAAUCAAGCAUGAUACUCCAAGCCUGUAACACAACCUUACUGCACUAGCACAAGAGUAAUAGAUAGUGAUGUCUGACGUUGUGGCAAAAAUCUUGAAAGAGCAUCAGAGGCGACCAGGUCAGCUGGAGACGGAAACAAAAGGUCAAUUCUUCUGGAGAAUACUGAGAGAGUCCAUAAGGGACACUACUAAGCUUGUCUCUAAUGCUGAUACUAAAUCUAUUCACAUAGGACAUGGGGUUCAUCACACCAGAAAGAUCAAUCACGUUGAAACGAUCAAUGAUGUACUUUUUAAUCCAUUAACGCAGGAGUACCUAACAGUUGACUCUCAUGGAAUCAAUAUCUUCCACCAUGAUGGUCGUCUCAAGGGCCAUGUGGAGCCAGAGGAACCAAUCGAUAGACUUGUGUUCUGUAAGGGCUCUAAGAGAUAUGUUGGAUGGACACCAGAUGAUGUUUUCAUCAAGAUGUUCGCUCCAAGUUUCGAACUCAUCUCUGAGGCUAAGUCUCCCCACCCUAUAACAUGUGUGCUGUAUAAUGAACAACAGAAUGAAGUUAUUAGUGCUGGACAUGCUCAUAUCAUGUCUUGGUGCUUCCGUUAUGGUGCUAAACAUCUGGUUCCCCAGAAGGUGAUCCGGGAUAGUUUCUUAAGUCAGGAUACCUUCACUAUGUUAGCAGUAGAGAACACAGCUAGUAGAGCUCAACGUUGCUUUGCUGUAUGUGAAUCUAAUAUUGCUGUCUUUAAUCUACAUGAUGGUGUCAUGUUGGAAUACAAACGUAAUCUACAUGUUAGAAAAAUCACAAGCAUACUGUUCUUCAAUCCUCUGAAGUACCUUGUAACAGGUGCAAGAGAUGGUUCUGUCAAGGUCUGGGACACUGAUUGGCAUCUGAAACUGGUCUUUGUUGGUCACCGUGGUCCUGUAACAGCUCUAUCUGUCUAUCCCUAUGGACCUUACAUCAUAUCAGGCUCAGAAGACACUACCAUGAGAGUCUGGAGCUUAGAGACUUGUGAUGAGGUGGACCUAAUUGAAGCUGGAGUCCCGAUAGCAGGACUAGGUACACAACUAAAAAACGAUGAUGUUUUUUCUUUUGCGGAUACAACAGUAGAUUUAUGGAAAUUACGUCACAUCCACAAUCUCUUCACCACAGUAGGGAGCAAAGUUAACAAAAUUAAUAUGACAACGCAUCCUGAUGUAACAUCAAGAGCUAUGUGUGUAUGUCGAGAUGGUACUGUACGGAUCAUAACACCUGGUAGUGGAGAUGUUUUGACUACAUAUUUAGCUGAUGAUGCACAGCAGGGGAUCAUAGAUGCAGCAUACUCGGCCAGUGAAAAUAUGUUAUUUGCCAUCCUGAAAUCUGGUCAAAUUAUCAAAGCUGAUACUUCGGUCAAUCCUUGUAAGGUAGUCAAGACAUGGUCACCUCCAUCUGGUAACGCCAAAGACAAGAACUCCCUCAACUGUAUCUGUCUUUAUGAAUAUGUGGUUCAAUCUACAAUGCAGAAUGAUACCUGGAAAGGAAUCUUUAAGACAUUGGCCGCUACCAAUGUCAUGGAUGACAAGCAGAUUAAGAAUAAAGAUCGUACAUUGCUGAUUGGCGGUCGCAAGGAUGGAUAUGUGGCUGUUUUAGAUUGGAAGACGUUGAAAUGUGUCUUCAAGACAGAUGCUCACGGCUAUAAAGGAGUACUAGGAGUUGCAACAAAUCCCAAGAAUGAUCAACUCAUUACAGCAGGACUGGAUUGUGGAAUGAUCAAAGAUGAUAAUGUGAUCAAAGUUUGGCGAGUAUUUCCUUUUGCUGAGGAAUCAUUAACACCUCUCAUGUCUAUCUACUGUGCUCAUAUGCCUCUACACAUGACAGUCAUGAAGACAACGCUCUGUGUUGCUUUCCAGGAUCCAAAUACUGCUACCUACAGUCUCGUUCAUUACAACUUGAUCAAUAAAAGUCGUAAUGAUCAUAGUCCUGAUGAGGACCAUAUUGAUAAUAUCACCGGCUUGGCUUGCAAUCCACGUAUGAAAGUAUUUGCUUCAACAAGCAUUGAUGGUACUAUCAAAAUAUGGGAUGAUUAUAAUCGGCUUAUUAGAUGUAUCAAGCUGAAUGCAGAGCCAUAUGGUGUUGAUUUCUGUAGUCAACGAGGUGAUCUAUUGGUUGGUAUUGGAAAUCAUAUUCAUCGCAUCAGUCAUGAGAGUUACAUGCCAAAGGCAUACCUUCGUAAGAUGGUAUCUAUGGUAUUUCCUGACGUACCGACGGAGCAACCAUUGGAGUAUGAACUUGAAGGUAUCAGAGCACUCACACCACUGAGUCAUAAGAGACUUAAAGCAGCUCACUCAUCUCUCUUCAGAUUUGAUCGCUUUGUGGACACUCUAACAGAAGAAGAAACUGAACAGAUUACAAAGGAGAAGGAGGAGAAGGAAGAGGCGUAUGCCAAACUUGCCGCAAGAGAGGAAGAGCUGCGUAAGCUUCGAGAUGGUGAAUUUGAGUUCACUAAGACCAAUGCUAUCAAGAAAGGAACAUCAGCUUCUACUAGGGUCAAGAAUGAAGGCUUUCGUAGCUACUGGGAUCAGGUUCAUCUGGAAUCUCAAAGACCAGAUAUUCCAGACUAUGAUGAUUGGGAUUUGACUAGACCUAUAGUAGACUAUGACCCAGAAAGGAAAUGGAUGCCAGAAAAAGAACCAGUUGGAUUCUUCCCAGACCCAUCUCUAGCUAGAUGGCCACAUAGGAAACCUGGACAACUCAAGCCCAUUCUUGAUUUUGAGCUUUCAAUUGAAAGCAUGAUCUGUUCCUGUGAAGUGGAUAAGAGGAUACCGAUCAAAACAGAAAGUGAAGAUGACGAAGAUAAAAUCAAGAUGGAAGGGAAGAGAGAUGAAGGAACAAUGAUGUCAAAGUUAGGAACUGAGGAGGAUGAAGAGGAGGAGAGAAUGGAAACUGAUGGUAAUCAAGCAGAUGACGAACAGGAGAAAGAAGAUGACAAAGAAGAGAAAAUGGACACAAGAGAAGAAGAAGAAGAGGAGGAGGAGGAGGAAGAGUUGGAUAUUCCUCCUCUACCAAUCCAUCCAAGAGGUUUCAUUCCUAACUCUGUUCUUGUGAGGCUCAUUUGGCCCCCUGAAGAGACGGCUAAAGUUAUGGAGGAUAGGUAUCGCCCCCCUCAACUUGAUGAAGAUCAGCUUGCUCAGGUUGCUGCUCAUAAACAGUUUCUUGCUGAAACAGAAACAGAGCGAGUCAUAAUUUGGUCAGAAGAGGAAGAGGGGACACCACUACCUGAUGGAAACAAACAGGAGGAUGCAGAUAAGAAGAAAUCUAUUGAUGACUUGGAGUUUGGUGCUCCAUCCACCUCUCAUCUUGCUAAGAGACUUGGUAUCAAUAUAGAGGAACCAACAUCACCCAAGGAUAUUGAGAUAGAGAAGGAUCCAACACCUACCCCUCCACCUACACCACCACCAGAAGAACCUAAAGAAGAACCAGUUAAACCACAACCUAAGAAGACAACCAAGAUGAAAGUUGAGAAGCUUAUUUCAAAACCCAAGACACCACCACCCAAGGAACCAACACCUACGCCACCUCCACCACCAACACCAUCGCCACCACGCCCUCCUACACCCUUGCCACAGUUUAUCACACAAUUUAAAGGAUCGGAGUGGUUUGAACAGUACUUCCCUAAUGCUACCAAUAGGACAUUUCCUAAGCCUUGGACGGUAAGUGCCUUUGUGACAAUGCUACUACGUCUUCUAAAGAUAGCAGAUUACGGGAUGAAGACUCCAAUCCUGUAUGCUAUCCUAGCUCUACAUCAACAGGAUCCUAUACCCAAUGCUGAAUCAGUCUUGGAUCUUCUCUUGUCUAUACUUAACAAGAGUGUUGGACCAACAUGCCAAGAUGAAGAUCAAAAGGACUUCAUUGUUGCAUGUCUUCACUUCUUCAAGGCAUAUGGCAAGUUUAAUAAGAAGGUGGUUGUUGAGAUCAUGGUGGAGUUUGUUGACGGUGAUAAAAUGGUCAGGGAGAUGGCUCAUGAUCUUUUCAUUCAUAUGGGACUGGAGGAUGCUCAUAAUUACUUUGUAAAGGAACUUGAUAGUUGGGAUGUAUGGGGUAUGGAAGAAGAGAGUAGGAAGAAAGAAGUCAGGGAGAUGGCUACUAUGUGGCUAGAUCAAUGGAUGGCCUUGUUUAAGGGUCAUCUGAAAAGGUCAAUUGAACAGCUACAGAAAGGCAAAUUAACAGGGAAGAUUGCUAGAAAGAGAAGCAUUGGAGGUACAAAGGCAUCACCUACUAAGAGAACUCUCAAACAACCUGUUGAUGCUCCUGUAGCUACAGAUCAAGGAUCUCAAGAUUCAGACAAGCUAUCUGAAACAGGUGGAUCAGAUUCUAAGAGUGUUAAAUCAGUAUCUAGUAAAGGUGAACCAGGACCAAAACCUCAACCACCUCCACAGAAAUCACUUACAGUGACAUUCAAUGUACCGCCAGAUAUGUCAGCUCUUGAUAACAUCCAGCCAACUGAAGCUAUCAAUUACUUUGUAGAGAUGGAAGUAGAACGCCAUCUUGAGAAACUAAAGAUGGCCGCUGCAAAGGAACAACGAAAGAAAGAAGAUGACAAGAAGAAUACUGUCCUGGUUCUACCCAAGAUAAGAAGUGGAUCUGCUGGAGGUUCAUUGAUUGGAAGGGAGGAUCUUGGUUCUGAGGAUGACUUCAUGUCAAGGGAUUUUUCAGAUGAAGAAUUAAGAAGGAGUGAGGGUGGUUCAUCAUCAGACUUCAAAGCUGCCAGAGAAUGGUGGGAGGAGAUGAAGAGAUCAAAGAAUAAGAAAAAGAAGCAGAAGGAAGAGAGGACAAGGAAAAGCAAACCUAACUUGGUUCGUCUUGGUGAGACUCAUACCAGCACAUGCAAGGAUAGACGAGAGACAGUACUCCAGACAGAAAGACAUAAUCAUUCCUUAUUUAAAUUCCGUCUACCACCUCUCCCUCAUCAGUUAAGGAAGAAGAUGGAAGCCGAUGGUCUGUAUACUUUUACAUCAAAGAUUGAUUUUCCUCUGAAGACAUAUGUCCUAAACCCAUUUCCGUCUCCUAUUGAUGUAUAUGAUCAACUUCAUCAACCUAUCUUACUCACUCUCAAGACAUCACAGAAGUACUUUGUACCAGGUCAAUCGGUUGUCCAAUCAGAAAACUACAGAUGAAGGGGAAACCAUACAAGAUUUUUUAUUACAAAUGAACUUCUUUACGUAUUAUAAACACAGAUCUGUGAGAUUCUCAAUCUCAUUAAUCAUUUGAAUUGGACAUGUGGUUUCUAAUGUCAAUUCAUCUGAUGUGUGCAGAAGUAUUUUUUGCAAUUUAUCAUGUCCACCAACACUACACAAUCUGAUGAAGUGUAGUUUCUCCUUUCAAGUUGAGCCAAUUCCAGAAUGAUUAUUCAUUUGAUUGUCAAUUGAAGAAAUACAUGUUGUGUAUCAUAAAUAGAUCACUUAGCUGAAUGUAUGAAAAUGAGAUUUGUUCUUGGCGAGUAUCGGUUUCUGUCAUAUUUGCAGUGUAGAGAGCUUUUAAGUUCAAGUCUAUAAUA